AUGAAAAGCGAACAGCUAAAUUUAAAAGCACUAAUGAAAAAAUUCUUAGGAGAAGAAAAGGAAUAUAUAAAGUUUAUGAAGAAAGAUAACAAAGAUAUCAUAGUUUUUGAGAAAGAAAAUUUUUAUAUAUAUAGCGAUGUUCUUUGUGGUAUUGAAAGUAGAAAAAAAGAAAAAUAUAAUAUAGGAGACAUUUAUUUGUUCAUUUGUUUACCAAAAAGUAAUUAUACAUUUUCUUAUAUUAAUUCGAUUGGUUAUAAAUAUAUAAGCAUAUUAGAAAGAAGUAAAAUUAUAAAAAAUAUUGAAGACGAUGAGGAUAAUGAUGACAUAAAAGUAAAUUUUUAUAUAUAUGAUUUAAAAAAAAUAAUUGAUUUACAUGAUUAUGUGCGUGCGGAAACAGAACAUAUUAUAGGUCUAGACCUUUUUGACAUUGAAAAUGUGGGAGACCUAGAGAGGGAAUAUGAAAAUGAUAACGAGAAUGACAGGAAAGAUUUAAAAACGAAGAAAAGGAAAAUAAUAGCAACUAGUGAGGGAAUCAAUCUCCAUAGUAACAGUUAUAAUCAUAGCAGUAGUAAUAAUAACAAUCAUAGUAGUAGCAAUAAUAAUAAUGACAAUAUUACCAAGGAGGAUGGACAAAAAAGGAAGGAAAAAUUGGGAGUUAUCAUAAAACAGGAAAGUACCACUGAUAAGGACAACUACAAUGUGUCGUUGCCGAGAGAUGAAAAUAUUGUGUCUUUUGAAAACACCAAGAAAAUAUUCGACUCAGAUAAAAUACAGGAUUCUUUAAUAUUUUAUGUUAAAAAUGAUUAUGCAUACUCUUGUUCAUAUAAAAAGCCUAUUAUAGUAAGAGGCAUUGAAAUGAAUGGAGAAGGAAAAUAUAAUUUUGUGGAAGAAGAUUUAUCAUCUCUUUCAUAUGAUCAAUUAAUGUACUUCAAUUUUAACGAAAUAAAUGCAGUAAAAGAAGGGGACAACGAGACGAAUAACAGUUUUGUUUUUAUUAAACAAAAUGGACCCAUCUCUUAUGAAGAAGAUGCAUCUAGUCGUUACCUCAACCUUAGCAGUGAUAUGAGGGGGAUGAGCACGAUUAAAAACGAAGACACAGAUAAUGUUGCCAAAAAUAGAUAUAGUAAUAAUGAGGAGAAGAAGAGGAAGGGGACGAAUUACUAUGAAUCAAAUGAAGAAAGAAAGUAUGAUUAUUCAUACACCGAAGAAAUUAAUUAUAACUUUUUAAAUCAUUAUUAUGAGGAUAAUUAUUUGAAAAAUCUUUUCUUUCAAAAUUUAAAUUUAUAUUCCAUAAUAAAAAAUACGUACUUUACAAAUUUAUCAAAUAUGGAUCAAAUUGACCAAAAUGUAAAAUUAAUUACUCAAAAAUUUUAUGACGAAUAUAUAAAAUACAUGGAAGGUAAUAAAUAUACAGAUUUAUGUAAUGGUAAUAAUAAUUUGAAUAAUUAUGACCUGAAUAAUGGUUUAAAGAGUUACAUUAAUAUAAAUGACGAAAGGAGCCUUAUCGAAAUUUUAGCGGCAAAUGAUACCUUUGAGCUAGAUUUGGCCUUAAGCAAAUUUGAUGAACAGCCUAAAACUGAAUUUAGUAAACAUAGAGCAACUGACGAUCAUGGUAACGACAAUAGCAAUAACAAUAAUAACCUCAAUAGUAACCACAAUAGUAACCACAAUAGUAACCGCAAUAAUGGCAUUGCUGCUCCAUUUGCAUCUUUAAAAAAAAGGAAGAGGAUAUUUCUUUUUAGCGAAGUCCCCCCUAUCGAAAUAGUCAGAAACUUUAGUAAUCAUGAUAAAAUAAUUUUCUUUCAUAAUUUACUGGCAUUGUAUAUAUGCUCCCUAAACAGUAAAAAAUAUUAUAAAGAAAAUAAAACGGUCGUUAAUUUUGUGCAUAAUUUUGUUCUUAAUUUUGAUCCCAAUUUUGCAAAUCGGAAGUGCCCCUUCGGGGAUGAUUUGAUAAGGUUGAAUAGUGAUCCUGGUUUUACAUCUGGUGAAGAUACCUGCUCUGAUGAUAUUCAUAUUAACGAUUCGAAAAACUUCUCUUUCGAGCUUAAUGGAAAAAAUAAAUUAAAAAAAAAGGGUAAUCAAGAAGGUGAUUCUGUGCUGAUGUCAAAUAUCAAAAAUGAGGACGAAACAGUAGAGAGGAAAAACAAUAACAAAAAGGACUCACUUAAUUUUCGUACUAUUGACAACAACUAUUUGGAGAUAAAAAACAGACCGAAUAAUAAAUUUUUAUUUAAUUACAAAUUGUCAGAUACAGAAAUUGAUAACAACAAAGAAUUAGUUAAUUCUUCUCAUGUUAAGGAAGUAAAUGUUAAAGAUUCUUACGAUAUAGUAGGCAAAUGCUCAUGUGACUACACCAUGAUAUAUAACUUUUUCGAAAAAGAGCUCUUUAAAAAAAGUAGUAUAAAAAAUGUAUAUAUAAAUGGUAUUAAGAAAAAUAUUAUUGUAGAUGAUAAUAUUAAACCGAGUAUUCAAAAGAAGACUCUAAAAUUAAUAGAUGAAAUACACUUAACACAUAAAAAAAGGCCCAUCAUAAUAUUAGAAAAGGGUAGCACAAAUAUAAUUAAUAGAAGCAACAUUGAGUCAUUUUUUCUUCAUAAUAAUUUAGACAGUUCUUUUAUACCUACAAUAAAUAAUAGUAGUAAUAAUAACCCUGUUCAGAGUAUAAACAAAAGCAGUGAUUAUUACGAUUCCUUAUCAAUAAUUUUUAAAAUGUUUAACAAAAGUGUCAAGUUUUCAUUUAUUGAAAAUGAUAAAAUAACAAAAUUCACCGAAACAGAUUGGAAAUGUGUAAUUGCAGCUAUCUUAAAUUCAAAAGAAUCAUUAAAAAAAAUAUUAAAUAUAUACCCAUUUCAAAUUCCAACAGCUCUCUUUCAGCCAUUUAAAACUUUUGUUUUUAUGUAUAAUGAUGUUACAAUUCCAUCUGAUUUAUUAUCUGGUAGUAAUAUUGAUAUCAUCAGAAUUAGUCGUAGUAAUAGAAAAGACGACUACAUUGCUGUUAAUAAAUUCUGGAGUAACAUCGAGAAAUUUCUUUUACAAAGAAGAGAGAAAAUAUUUUACAUAAAAAAAAAAAAAAUUUGA